AUGAACAGCCUACCUUUAAUGGAGGCCUACUUGCCCAAAGGGCCCGCGCAGCGCGCUGCUGUCGCUGUCAUUGGCCUAGGCGCGCUCUAUAUCUUUGGUCUCGUCUUUUAUCGCCUCUUCUUGUCUCCUCUAGCAAAAUUCCCAGGUCCGAAACUCGCUGCAGUGACAGGCUGGUACGAGUUGUAUUACGAUGUCAUCAAGAAAGGGAAAUACAUAUAUGAGAUUGAGAAGAUGCAUGACAAAUAUGGGCCGAUCAUAAGAAUCAACCCGUACGAGCUGUCCAUCCGUGACUCGGAAUACUACGAUGAGCUCUAUGUUUCCGGCUCUGUUCGUCCUACGGACAGAUAUAAAGGAUUUGUCGACGGAGUCGUUGACUUCGAGGGAUCCCAUCUCGCGACAAUCGAACAUGAUCUCCACCGUAAGAGGAGAAAGCCACUCGAUCCUUAUUUCUCCCGUGCAGGCGUGACGAGGCUUGAGCCUAUGGUGGCGGAGCUGUGCGAGAAGCUGAUUAUUGAACGCUUCGGGAGCUUCAGGGGAACGGGCAAGGUAGUAAGGCUGGAUCAUGCCUUCACAGCUUUCUCUGGCGACGUGAUCAACCGGCUUUGCAUUGAUGACCCGCCCAAUCUCGUGGACGAUCCGGAGUUCUCGCCAGCAUGGUUUAACCUGUUUCACAGUGGGAUCGUGUCAUUGCCGCUGUUAAUGGGUCUGCCGUGGCUCAUCCACCUCAUUCGUCUUAUUCCGGAGAGAAUUCUCGCGAGGCUGGAUGCCCGGAGCCAGACCUUCAACAAGUUCAAGCUGAUGUGCGAUGACCAUCUCCAAGUAGCCAAGCGCGAAAAGGCCGGGUCAGGAUACAAGAAUCCAACACUGGGUGGUGGACGCAUCACGCUCUUCCGGCAUAUCAUCAACAGUGACCUUCCAGCCUCUGAGCUCGCAGACGACCGGCUGUCAAAGGAGGCCCAGGUGCUGAUCGGUUCUGGAACCAUCACCACUGCAGGGACGAUGGCCUUUCUUGUCUACUACAUAGCGUCUAACCCAGCGAUCAAGAAGCGUCUCCAGGAAGAGCUGAAGCCGGUCAUGAGGGACUACCCUCAGACGAAACCGACCUGGGCCCAGUUGGAGAAGGUGCCAUAUCUGCAGGCGUUGAUCAAAGAGACUCUUCGCCUGAGCUACGGCACGAUGCACCGCCGUCCGCGAGUCUCCCCAAGACAGCCCCUCCAGUUCAAGCAAUGGGUGAUCCCUGCGGGCGUCCCAGUCGGUAUGUCCGCAUACUUCGCGCAUCGCGAUCCUCGCAUUUUCCCACGCCCGCAAGAGUUCAUCCCGGAGCGAUGGUUGGGCAACGUGACUACAGAGAUGGAUCGCAACUUUAUCCCAUUUUCAAGGGGAUCGCGGCACUGUCUGGGAAUGAACCUUGCGUACUGCGAAGUAAAUCACAUCAUCGCUGCGCUCUUCCGCCCCGGUGGUGCCGAGUUCGACCUCUACGAGACGGAUGAGACGGACGUCAUCCCAGCCCACGAUUUGAUAGUGCCUUUGCCGAAGCUGGAGUCGAAGGGGGUCCGGGUUAUAUUCCACUAA